AAGACUUCCCAUUAUGCAGCCUGCAGCGCCAUGACAACGAGAUGUUUAUGUCAGACCUUUGUGCAUUUCUGUCACUGACACCAGUGUGUCGUUUUAAAUAUUAUUUAACAUAAUAAUAGAAUUUAAAUAUAAUAAUAUGUCCAUUUGCUGUUAUUUAUUUAUAUAACUCUUCCACCAUUUAAAGAAAUUAGCUAGCAAUUUAGCUGGCUGGCUUGAAAUUAGCUUGUUAGCUGCCUAGCUUAGCUUUGCCUAGCUGUUUGCGUGUUAUCCCAUAGUUUGUGAAAAUGUUAAAAGUUAAAAAUUUAAAAGUGAAAAUUCUUUUAAUUGGACCAAGUGAGUGUGGGAAGACAGUUUUGGCAAAUUUUCUCUCUGACACAGUGGAGACAAUCGGAGGUGAUUACAGCCCCACACAGGGAGUCAGGAUACUGGAGUUUGAGUCUCAUCAUUUGGGAAGUGGAACCAAAGACAGUGCUUGUGAAGUGGAGCUGUGGGAUUGUGCUGGAGAUUUCAGGUUCGAAGCAUGCUGGCCAGCUUUCCUGAAAGACUCCAAUGGAGUGGUCAUUGUAUUUAACCCUGAUAUUCCAAGUCACCUCAAGGAAGUAGAGACCUGGCACUCGACAUUCAUCUCCUCUCAAAGCCUACAGGCAGGACAGUGUCUGCUCAUAGCACACCACAAGCCUGGGAGUGGAGCAGAUACGUCCCGCCCUCAGUUAGCCCCUCAACUGAACAAGCUGCCUCUCUUUCAUUCCAACCUAGAGGAAGACCCUGAAGGGGUGCGUCAGGAGUUCCGCACAUAUCUAGGAAACGUUGUGCAGAGCUUGUCGGAAAGUCGGGAGCGUGAGGAGAUGUCCAUUAUAGCAUAACCAUAAUUUUUUAUAUUCAUAUGAAUUAGGACUGAUAAAAUAAAUAGGAAUUAGUUUCAUUCUGAUCUACUGCAUCUGUAGUGUUUGUAUGAUUACCACAGGCAAAAAUUUCUGAUGUUUCCAUAUACACUUCUGGACAAAAAAAAUGGGCCAAGCCCAAAAUGGCAAAAUGUUAACCUUUUAAUGGUCUUAACAACAAACUACUGGUCAGGAAAUUAGCAGGGAUUAAACAAAUACAGUAGAUCUCUCCCUACUCUAUCAGUCCUGGUUCCAUUUAUGAGCUUGUUAUCAGGCCCUUGAUGAGCUGCAUCAGAUAACCAAAUAAUGACUAAACUUCUAAGGAAAAAAAACAUCCUAGAAGAUAUUUUUGGAAAAGAUUUUGUACACCCAGACACGUUAUUAUUUUAUACAUCAAACAUUCGAAUCAUUAUCAUAAUUUUAUCUUUGGUACUAGAAGGCUAUGUAAGUGAAUUCCCCUGUUUCUAGUUUUCCCCCCAAACAGUUCACUGCAGCAAAAGUGAACAGGCAAACGGUGGCAGGAGCUCUCAGGAGUGCAACUGUUUAAUUCUUGCUAAUUUUCUGACCAGUGAUUUGUUGUCAAGACCAUUACGCUUUUAAGCUUUAAGCCAUUAAGCUUAAUAUUUUGCCAUUUUGGGCAUGGCCCAUUUUUUUUCUUCUUUUUUUGCCCAUUUUCUGUAGUGAGAAAUGAACAGAAAACAAACUGGAAUGUAAUGGAAGUCUUAAGGGCAGUUGUUUGACUCCAUAGAUAAACAUUUAAAAUAUGUGAAUAUAUGACACUCAUUCAUAACUACAGCCAUUACAAAGGCCUUAGGAUGAGAUAGAUUUGUGAGAAACACCAAGGCUGUUUUUAUGGGAUUUUAUCUGACUUUCCACGGCUGGAGUAGUACAGUAAAAAGUAAAUCCAGUUACUCACACUUUCCCAAAGGUGUUGUGGUAUCCCUGCACUAUCAGACUCUCUGAUACAUACCACUCUCUCUGAAAAAGCAGUCUUAUCUCUGAAAGAACAAAUUAUACAUUUGCAGGCUGUAAAAUUUAUUAGUGUUCUACUAAAUUAUGCGUUUUGCAUAAAUGUUUCCCGAAAUUCAACGACUUCUGAUGUGAGUUUUAAGGAGUAAAUGUGUCUUCUGCUCUUUCUCUCAGUACAGGUAAUGAAUUUGAAAUUCUGUUAAGUGGUAAUGACACAUACAGAUGCAGCAGAGACAGAUUAAGUUGCAAUACGCUGGAGAAUUCCUUUAAGAUCAUUUAUAUAUAUAUAUAUAUUAAUUAAUGUCUGUCCAAUAAUCAGUUAUUCUACAGCACUGGUCUCAUGCUAUAUUAACAGUUUUUUUUUUUUUUUUACUGUAUAUAAGG